AUGAAGGAUUUGGGUCUUCUCAGCUAUUUUCUCGGCUUGGAAAUCUCUCAUGAUUCGUCUGGUUACUUUCUCUCCCAAGCCAAGUAUACUUCUGAUCUUUUGGCUCGUGCUGGUCUUACCGAUUGCAAGAUAGUCUCUACUCCUGUUGAUCUUCAGACUCGUCUCACACCUCUUGACAGUUACCUGUUGUCUGAUGCUACUUUAUAUCGUCAACUAGUUGGCAGUCUUGUCUAUCUCAUAGUUACUUGUCCAGACAUUGCUUAUGCUGUUCACAUUGUUAGUCAGUUCAUGGCUGCUCCUCGUUCUUCAUACUAUGAUGCUCUAGUUCGCAUUUUAUGCUAUCUCAAAGGCAUUAUGUUUCAUGGUCUUCAUUACUCCGCUCACUCUUCCCUACAGUUACAUGCAUUUGUGAUGCUAAUUGGGAAGGGAACCCUACUGAUCAUCGUUCUACUAUAG